AUGACGACUUCGCUCAAAGAUCAUGUACCUCUUAUUGAACAGCCACCUCAAGAAGUUCGUCCAGGAAGUGAUGUUUCAGACAACUCAUUGUUCAUCAGUAAAUCAGAUACACUGACAUUUUCUAAAAUUACUGAAGAUAAUAUAGCAGAUGAAAAUCUAAAUAUUAGAUGUACAGCAGAUAAAGGAACAGUGACUGAUCAUGAAGACAAUGUACCCGUUAAAUGUAAAUAUUGUUUGAAAAGAAUGUCUAUGUUACGGAAGAUAGAGAAAAUCAAAUCUGUUCAGGAAUCAUUGUUCUUUGGGCCAUUUGGAAAAAACAAUAGUCGACAGACUGACCAGUCGAGGAGGAGCCAUGGGUGUCAGACUCCAGCCUCCUUGUACGACAGAGCUGAACUGACAUACAGAGAAAUGAGAAGGUUAGCUGUAAUUCUUAGUCUACAGAAUAAGAAGUCAAUGCAGACAGAGACCUUUUGCAAAUGUGCGGAAACAGGCUGGGACCAGGACUGUCGCUGUGGGGAGGAGAACAAAUACGUGGAGUGGGUCUGGGAUACUGUACAGCGUGGGGAAGCUACAAGUCUGAAGGAACAGGAUUCUCUGGUUGUUUUCCAUGAAGACUAUAGCUCAGGAACGACAGCCAUCCGUGGCCUGAAAGCCAUGGACAAGGAUCAGCAUUUCUGGGAGAUCAAACUGACAACUCCUGUCUAUGGGACUGACAUGAUGAUUGGAGUCGGAACCAAGAAUGUGGAACUCAACAAAUACCACAACACGUUCUGCAGCAUGCUGGGCACCGACGCGGACAGCUGGGGUAUAUCCUACGAUGGGCGUGUGCAGCAUGAGGGCAAGAAGUCAAAGUACUGCAGCCGGUUUGGCCAGGGUACUAUUAUUGGGGUGCAUCUGGACAUGUGGCAUGGAACGCUGACCUUCUACAGAAACAGACAGAGUUUGGAGUUUCGCAGCUCCUUCCCCAGCUCUCUUCAGUUUCUGUGCUGUCAGAUCCUCCGCCAGGUCAUCCCAACUCACCUGAGUGUUCUGGAUGCGCUGCCCAUGCCACCAGGCUUGAGAAUAUUUUUAGCCAAUAACAUUUCUUGGUUGUUGGAUGUUCCACACAAGCGGCCACUAAAACCAUGCUCCUUUCACGUCUGUAACAUCUGCAUGCCCCUUAAAAGUGCCCUUGAAGGCCACACAGAUGAUGAAAUUAGCAGUGACGAGGAGAGGCUAGGCAACAUCAGUUUCAGAGUUUCAGAUGACGAUAGCGAAGAAGAGGAUCCACGUGAUUUUUCAGACAGAGCAUUACAGCGACACAGUGCCACUAGAUAUUUAAUGCAACCCUCUUUGAGAACCGUCAGGGGUGGAGGAUCACUCCAUAUAUCCACCCGCGGAGGGAAAAACAGUUUUCAGCAGCGAUCGGUUUUGGACACGCAUCGCCUUUCCCCGGGUGUGCUAGUGCCCCACUGGACACCCGGGAGCAGUAGUUUUACGACAGGGGUUGACUAA